GGCGGCGAGAGCCCAGAGCCAGAGCCCGGCCGGGGCCGAGCGGAGCGCGGCGGCGGCGGCGGCGGCGGCGGCGGCGGCUGGGCCGGGAGAGGCUGGCGCGCCGGGCGGCUCCGCGAAUCCUCCGGCAUCCGCCCCGGCGGGCCGCCCCCGCCCGCGGCAGCCCCCCGAGCAGUGGCCCGGCACCGGCGCCUUCCCGGCGGGCAAGAGUGAGCCAUGGAGCUACGUGUGGGGAACAAGUACCGCCUGGGACGGAAGAUCGGGAGCGGGUCCUUCGGAGAUAUCUACCUGGGUGCCAACAUCGCCUCUGGUGAGGAAGUCGCCAUCAAGCUGGAGUGUGUGAAGACAAAGCACCCCCAGCUGCACAUCGAGAGCAAGUUCUACAAGAUGAUGCAGGGCGGCGUGGGGAUCCCGUCCAUCAAGUGGUGCGGAGCUGAGGGCGACUACAAUGUGAUGGUCAUGGAGCUGCUGGGGCCCAGCCUCGAGGACCUGUUCAACUUCUGCUCCCGCAAGUUCAGCCUCAAGACGGUGCUGCUCCUGGCCGACCAGAUGAUCAGCCGCAUCGAGUAUAUCCACUCCAAGAACUUUAUCCACCGGGACGUCAAGCCCGACAACUUCCUCAUGGGGCUGGGGAAGAAGGGCAACCUGGUCUACAUCAUCGACUUCGGCCUGGCCAAGAAGUACCGGGACGCCCGCACCCACCAGCACAUUCCCUAUCGGGAAAACAAGAACCUGACCGGCACGGCCCGCUAUGCUUCCAUCAACACGCACCUGGGCAUUGAGCAAAGCCGUCGAGAUGACCUGGAGAGCCUGGGCUACGUGCUCAUGUACUUCAACCUGGGCUCCCUGCCCUGGCAGGGGCUCAAAGCAGCCACCAAGCGCCAGAAGUAUGAGCGGAUCAGCGAGAAGAAGAUGUCAACGCCCAUCGAGGUCCUCUGCAAAGGCUAUCCCUCUGAAUUCUCAACAUACCUCAACUUCUGCCGCUCCCUGCGGUUUGAUGACAAGCCCGACUACUCUUACCUACGUCAGCUCUUCCGCAACCUCUUCCACCGGCAGGGCUUCUCCUAUGACUACGUCUUCGACUGGAACAUGCUGAAAUUCGGGGCUUCCUCGAGCCAGGCUCAGCCCCGUGACGGCCCCAUGACAGCGAAGGGACCUUUCUGUCCCUGCCCCUGUCCCUGUGCCGGGCCCACGUACUCACCCACGUACUGGUGCCCGGCUCCCCUGGGCACCCAGAGCCCCCCAGAUAGGCCGGUGGAGGAGGUGGAGGAGCUGUCCCCCCAAAACUACUGGCCUGUGGUCUGGACACCAGGGCCCCAUUUCUGAUGUCGCCAGGUGUGCCUGAGCCCAUCGGGGCCAGGCCUGAGGAAGUGUUUCUUGGGAGGAUGGGAUGGCCCCCUGUUCCCAAGAGAUGGCAGCACAGUGGAUGCCAUGGUGGAAAAGGCCUUGUCAUGGGGUCCUUAAGGGCCAGGACAGCCUGAAGGGGGGAUGGUGGCCACUGCCCACAAGGGGACUGGUGGGAACGGGUCCCAGGACAGACUCACAGCCAGACCCCGUUGGCGGCCUCUGUGUUGAACCUGAACUCAUUAAACACCUCCUCUUGCUUCAUCCUGGUGUGCCUCUUUCAUGGCAGGGCCCUCAGCCGCCCUGCUAGAUGGUUAGGACCAAGGCUCUGUUCUCCUGGAAGCCAAGGUCGGCACGUUGGUCUUGGGCUUCUCUUCUCUCUGGGUUUCUUGUUCACUAAGGAGUGAGACAGAGGUCAGUCAGAGAAUGGGGGUCUCGCAGGCCAGGGACCUCAGGGAGAGGCCUCUGUUGCCCUUUUCAGCAGGGGUGGAAAUGGGAUAUGGGCAAGGGGUGUCUUCUCUGACUUCACCCUAGACCUUCUGGCUCCAAAUGGGGCCCAUGGCCUUGGGCACCUGGGACCAGCUCUUUCCACCACAGGGCAUUGGGCACCGGGCACUUACUCAUCAAGAUAGUCACUCCCAAGUCUGGUUCAUGAUGGGCUUGGCCCUCCAGCUCAGCGCAACUCCAAGAAUGGAUUUUGUAUUCUCUAGACGGGCACUGUCCAAGAUGGUAGCCAUUGGCCACAUGUGACACAUUUUUAAUGAAUGAAAAUUAAUCAAGACUGGAAAUGUCGGCCAGGCCUGGUGGUUCAUGCCUGUAAUCCCAGCACUUUGGGAGGCCAAAGAGGGCGGAUCACUUGAGGUCAGGAGUUUAAGACCAGCCUGGCCAACAUGGUGAAACCCAUUUCUACUAAAAACACAAAAAUUAGCUGGGGAUGAUGGUGUGUUCCUGUAAUCCCAGCUACUUGGGAGGCUGAGGCAGGAGAAUAGCUUGAACCCAGGAGGCAGAGAUUGGAGUGAGCCGAGAUCAUGCCACUGCCCUCCAGUGGCCACCGCAUCCGGCAAGGCAGACCGGACCAUUUCUUCAUCCAGAACGUUCUGUGGGCAUCACUGCUCUAGGUGCCUCCCUUAUGGAGUCUCACAAGACUGUCUAGCCAGCAAGAUCUCUUUUCCAGCCAGGCCAGGAGCACCUCUCCACCCACUGCUGCUGGUCUGACUGCCUUCCUGGAGUCCCUCUUGAGGCAGGCCCUGGAGUUAGAAGCUGGGCAGAGGCACCCACAGCCUUAUCCUUUGCCAAUCUCUGACUCAUUGCCACGGCCACUGUAGUGAGCUGAACCACCUCCAGCGGUCCCCUGGCAGAAGCAUCUGGAAAACAUGCAAUGGGAACCUUCACCCUGAGGCCAGGCCCUUCCCAUGCUACCCAACAGUAGACAGGACACCCUGUGUUGUUCUGCACCGGGGUGCUGGGAUCUGUGGAUCCCUGGAGCCUGGAAGCCACUCUCAGCACAUACAGCCACUGUGUUCCAAGGUCCAAUCAGCUGGCCGGGAAGGAAUUCAACACAGCCAAGGACAGGUCUCUAUGAUGACAGGUGGAUGCUCGUGUGACUUUGCUGACCUUUUAUGUUUUCUAUGGGCAAUAAAGGCCAAGAGAACUCC